UUUACUACUAUAAAAUUUUUAAAUAAUUUAAAUAACCAAAUAAGAAAUAGUGUGCACGUUCAAAUUCAAAAAUCUUUUACACAGCAAUAUGACAAACAGUUGGCUUUAAGACAUAAUUAUUUUCAAAAGAAUGAAUUACCAAUAUUUAAAAAUAUUCUAGCAUUUAGUUUGAUGGGUUUUUUGAGUGGAGCUGAAAAAGAAUUAAAUCCAGAAGAGGAAAUUGUUAUGACAAUGAAGCGAGCCAUUAUUUGCGUACAACGCGAACAAUAUUCUCAAGCUGAACAACUUUUACACAUUGCGUUAAAUAUGGCACAAAAACAAAAUAAUCAAAAUGCAAUUACAUAUAUUUAUGAUUUAAUGGCUAAUUUAGCUAUGGAACGUAAUGAACCCAUGAAAGCGAAAAAUUUAUUUGUAAAUGUCAUGCAACGGCUAUUACAAAGUGGAAUCGAAGAAGGCGAUUUAAAAGUAGUUCAUAUUAGUUUAAAAGUAGCCAAUGUACAUGUUCAAAUGGGAUACCUAGAGGAAGCUGAAAUUGGUUACGUAUGGUGUAUAGAUAAAUUAGAACACAAAACAGACAAUGAUUCAUUACUACUGCGUGGUAUAUCAUACGACUAUUAUGCACAAUUAUUAUUAACCCAGAACCGAGUAAAAAAAGCUAUCGAUUGUCUUAAAUCAGCAUACGACAUUUGUGUUCAAGUCUUGGGAAUUACCAGUAAUCAAUCAAUCAAAUUGUUAAAUGAUUUGGGCUCAGCGUAUUGGCGUGCUGGUGAUUUAAGUAAUGCAGAAUCAUAUUUUAAGAAAUCAUUAAGCCUUAUUCAAAUAUCGGGUAAUGAAAGUUACACAGGUGUUUUAAAAUAUAAUUUAGGAACACUUUUAAUGGAAAAAGGUUUGUAUAAAGACUCUCAACAAAUGUGUAAAGAAGCUUGGCAUUUUGCUAAAGCAAGUAAUGAUAAUAAUUUAUUAGAAAGAGCUAGUGAUUGCUUAGAUAAUGUAAAAAGUAAAAUUAAUAGUAAAUAAUGAAAAAAAAAUUCAAACUUGUAAAUACAGAUAUUUUUUGUUCAACAUAGAACAUAAAGAAAUUCCAAGAAAGAAAGGUUGAAAUAUUUCAUUAAAUUUAUAUA